AUGGUGAAUGCAAGACAGUAUAUCAAUCACAUUCACUAUCUAAUUGAUGAGGAUUGGGUGCGCCAUGAAUCUCAAGAUGAGAUCCAAAACCUAUGUGUCAGCUACUUCACAAACCUUCUGGGAAAGCCAGUGGAGCCUGCUCUGUUCAUUCAAGAAGACAUAACAUCUCUGUUGAAUUUUUCCUGCUCUCCAUCUCAGCAAGCUGACUUAAUUUCUCCUUUCACUAGUGAGGAUAUCCGUUCAGCGUUCUUCUCCCUCCCUCACAAUAAAGCUAGUGGCCAAGACGGAUACACUCCUGAUUUCUUUAUGAGUUACUGGUAUGUGGUAGGAGGAGAAGUCACUGCUGCUGUGGCUGAAUUCUUCAACUCCGGUCACCUCCUCAAGCAUAUGAAUGCCACCAACCUUGCGCUCAUUCCUAAAAUCCCAAACGCUUCAAAGAAUUCAGAUUUCAGGCCGAUAUCAUGUCAAUCCCAAUCAUCUUUUCUUCUGGGCCGCCUCCUCUCUGAGAACAUUAUCCUGGCCACCAAGAUUGUCCAUGGGUACAAUACAAACAACGUCGACCCGAGUGGAAUGUUAAAAGUUGAUCUUAGAAAAGCUUUUGAUACUUUGAGAUGGGACUUUGUAAUUGCUGAUCUGCGUGGUAUUAACAUCCCAGAGCUAUACAUGGCUGGAUCUACGAAUGUAUCAGCUCUGCGUCAUUCUCUAUCUCUGUCAACGGCCACACCGGGGGCUUCUUCAAGAGUACACAGGGACUUCGUCAGGGCGACCCACUCUCUCCAUACUUAUUUGUGCUCGCCAUGGAGGUUUUCUCCAGCCUUUUGCGAUCUAGAUACAAUUCUGGAUGACGUCAUGAUGUUCUUCGACGGUGGAAGCUCAUCGUUGCAUGGUAUCGCUGAAACUCUGGACGACUUUGCAAGCUGGUCUGGUCUUAGUAUGAACAAGGAUAAAACACAAUUGUUUCACGCGGGUUUAAGCGAAGAGGAAACCAGUUCGCUCACUGCCUAUGGGACAGUUGAUAGACGUGCUAAUGCAAAGGUACCAUCUCACUAUGGGUGGCUUGGCAUCAAUACCAUAAUUUCCCAACCUUCUAUAGCUUCUGGUCUCAGGGAGAAUCAUCCCACAUGUCCUGGAAUUGGCGCUGCAUUCUUCGCCUGCAUGAUCUGGUCUCUAGAUUCCUCAUAA